UCAUUCAAUCUGUUGCUGUUUAUUUAAUUGUCACGGAAUUUUCUAGAUGUUUUAUUGAUUACAAUUAACGAUCUAUUUUAAUGUUAUUAUCUAGCAAUAUUUUCGUUAAACCACCUGAUACUGUGAAUGGAGAUGGAGAAGAGGAAGACGAUUUCGAGUUAGAAUUUUUAAAAGAUAUUCCAGAUUCUCUUAAUAAAACCAAUCCAAACAGUGUAACAAAUAGUAAUCAUAACAAUCUAUCAUCUUUAAUAAUCCUUCCUCCUUGUAUUCCUCCUCCUCCUCUUUCUUCGUGUUGUUCUUCUCUCUCAUCCACUUUCUCAUCAUCUUGUUCACAUUUUCCUCUCUCUUCAUCAAAUUCAACUCAAUCAUCACCACCAACAAAACAACCAACUGAAACAUCAACAUCAUCGAUUUACUCAUCAUCUAUAAACAAAUCAGUCUCAUCAUCAUCAACAUCUUUCAAUUCAUCAACGUGUUUAAUUUCCCCAAUAAGCUUUUUAUUAGACCUUGAUGAUACCAGCAACAACUUAAGCCUUGUAAGUGCCAGUAAAUCUGUAAGAUAUUCAAAUUUUGUGGUGACCAUAACCGCCAGAUACAAGCCUGAUAUACCUCGAUUCAGUAAUCCUCGGAUUAGGCUGAAGGAAAGAUUAACUGAGUAUCACAAUCAACAGACCAUUGAAACGUUUAAAUUUUCAACCCCAUCUCCCGAUGAUUUGAGACUCCAUCGUUUAAACAACAGCAAAAAAAUGGAUGAAGUUGAUUAUGCUGAAGAAUUGAUGACUCAAUAUGAUAAGAAAGCCAAAUACGAUUGUACGGCAGGAAUGAAAGAUGUUGUCAAAUCAAUUAAACACUUACAAGUUGAUAAAAUUGAAAGAAAACGAAGUCCAGCUCGAGAGAAAUCAUCACCUUGUGCAUCUGUAACAUCAUCGCCCAAUGUACUUCAGAUUAUUGGUGCAAACAAGAAUCAAGUGAAAAAUAUCUCACGGGAAAGUGUUAUCGAAGAGUUUAACAAGGAAAGAUCAGGGAAAAAAAGCUUAAUCAACUUGGUUGUUGUCGGACAUGUGGACGCUGGAAAAUCAACCCUUAUGGGCCAUUUAUUGUACAGAUUAGGCCAAGUAUCGAAAAAGAGUAUGCAUCGAUAUGAGACAGAUUCUAAAAAGAUUGGUAAAGCCUCUUUCCAAUAUGCUUGGGUUCUCGAUGAGACAAAUGAAGAGCGAUCUCGAGGUAUAACCAUGGACAUCGCUCAAUCGUCUUUUGAAACGUCCACAAAAUCGGUUAAUCUACUUGAUGCUCCAGGUCAUCGAGAUUUUAUUCCCAACAUGAUAACUGGAGCUUCUCAAGCUGAUGCCGCUCUUUUGGUCGUUGAUGCAACCAAAGGUGAAUUCGAGGCUGGAUUUGAAGCGGGAGGUCAAACUCGGGAACACACGAUACUCAUACGAUCACUUGGAGUCUCACAAAUUGCUGUGGUAAUCAAUAAAUUGGAUAAUGUAAAGUGGAAUAAAGAGAGAUACGAUGAAAUUGUUGGUAAAUUAACUCCGUUCCUUAAACAAGUUGGCUACAAAGAGAAAGGUGUCACUUUCGUGCCUUGCAGUGGAUUAACGGGAGAAAAUCUCAAUGAACGAUCAACAAUCCCUUCCUUAACUUCAUGGUAUUCGGGUCCUCUCGUUGAAGUUAUCGAUUCUUUCCAAGCACCCGAAAGGCCUGUGUCUAAGCCUUUACGAUUGAGUAUCAGUGAUGUUUUCAAAGGAUUAACUUCUGGUGUUUGUAUUUGUGGUCGAAUUGAAUCUGGUGCUGUCCAAUUAGGUCAAAAAUUGAUCGUAAUGCCCUCGAGUGAACAAGCAAUUGUUAAAGCAAUUUCCAUUGAAGAUUGCCUCUUUAAUCAAGCAUUUGCUGGUGAUCAAGUAACUUUAACAUUGACAGGAUGUAGUGCAACUAAUAUUGCCUCGGGUGAUAUAUUAUGUGAUAUAUCUGUUCCAUCACCUGUUACUACUCGUUUCCAGGCCAAAGUCGUAGUUUUUGCUAAUGUUCAGAUUCCAUUAACAAAGGGUUUUCAAGUUGUGUUACAUUGUAAAAAUUUGCAAAAACAAGCGACAAUCAGUAAAUUGAUUUCACAAUUGGACAAAAGCACUGGACAAGUGACCAAAGCAAAGCCUCGAUGUUUAGCAGCAAAUUCAAGUGGAAUCGUCGAAAUCGAAACAUCUAAACCAAUUUCUAUUGAACUUUAUUCAGAAUACAAAGAUCUCGGACGAAUUAUGCUUCGGUAUCGAGGAGCGACUGUGGCCGCGGGUUUGGUUAUCGAUCGAUGAAAAAACUUAUCACUAAUCAAAUUAAAUCUCCUUCAAGUGUUUAACUUAACAUCAUCAUCAUCAACAAUCAGUGAUCAAUGUGACACAUUCAUCAUAAUUUUUUCAUCAUUGUUGUACCAAGACGUUUACAAUUGUACACACAAUUAGACAACACAAAAAACACCAGUAAUCAAAUUCCCCCAUUUAACUAACAUUCAUAAUACCUUGUUUUUGGAAGUCAAUCAAAACAAACAUUGAAAAUUGAUUAAUAGCUUUUAUUGUUUCUAUCUAACAAUUAACCCCCUAAAUUGUAAGCAGGUAUAAAUUUAUCUUUUGCGACAAUUAAUUUAGUCUAAACUUAAAUUGUGGCUGUAAUGAUUUUGUUUUUGUUUUUUCUAUUGAAAAAAUAAACAAUAAAAGUCAAUGUUAAAUUGA